UUGUCGAACGAGAAGUUCUAAUGCUGCGCCGAAGGAGGACGAGGUUUUGUGUAACCCAAUGCGUCUCAGGUGCUGGUUGACGUGGGUAUAGAUAUGCUUUGGUUUAUUUUUCUUGUUCUCUACCCUUGGUCCAGGAUUGGGCUUUUGUUUCGCACUUUUCGACCCCAAAAUACCAGUGUCCUUCCCCACAGUGAGUCGGUGAGAAGCUGUUCGGUUCAAUCACGACGAACUUUUCAUUUCCGAUCGCCACUAGCUCGUCGACAGCAUACAAGAUCCAAUUUAGGUAAAUCGAAGUCCCUGGUGUGAAGAGAGCAGGGAACAGGGGUUCUAACUGGUGGGGGGUCU